GGAGUUUCUACUUUGACGGUACCCAUUAACGCUUGCUUCUUCGUCUCCUCAUUCUUCCUCCAUCAUUUUUGUCUAUUGGGAUUGAGUUCCAACUUGGAUCUAUCUCUUUUCUCUUUGUUGCUAAAUACAAAUUAGGUUUUUGGGUUGGUGAAGGAGUAGCGGUGGCUUUUCUAUAAAAUUGGUUAAGCAGAAAACAGCAUGCGGUGGUGGCUUAGUCUUUCUGUUGAUGUAUUCCGAAAAGGCAUUUCUUUAAAUUUCUAUUGCAAAGUGAUCCUGUAAUUUUUGUGUUCUAUAAAAUCCUUACUAUCUUUUUUCUCUCAACCAAUUUUCCCCUGCAUCAUUUUCCAUGGGGUCCAAUUUCUUUGUUGUUGUUCCUUGCUAUGUCCGUCAGAUUAGCUGAAGGGACAGAGAACAGAAGGAAUAGAAAAAUCUUAUUUUCUUCUCUAAAGCAAAUAUAUUUUAGGUGUCAUUAGUUAGAGUUAGGGUUUUUCUUCGUUAGGUGGUUCUAGUUGUACCUUGUUUACUAGUAACUGCAUUGGUGGUGUUCAUUUAGUUUAGUUCAUAUAAACCUUUUGUUCUGGAGUGGUGGUGUUCAGAUUAGUUGUCUUAAGCAAGAUUGUUUGGUUGUUCUAUUUUGAAUUGAGGAGGGUUGGGAGGGGAGGGGGAAUUAGUUAUUAUGGUGUGCCAAGCAGCAAGUCAUACGAAAUUUCGGGCAUUGAAACAUGAGAAUGGAAUCGCCGGUUGCUCCACCAUUAUAGUUAGAGUUAUAGCAUGCUUUCAACCUCUCAGAGAAUGCCAGGCUGAAUAUUUCCGUCAUUUGCUCAAGCCAAUCACGUAGAGUAUUUCAUGUUAUUUCGUUUUGGUGGGUUGGUUAUUGGUUAAGCCAGUAUUUUUAGUUAUUUGCUUUGUUCGCGAAAGAAGUCUUUGAUAAGCAAUAGGUCUUGCGUCAAAGUCAUUUUUCUUCAGGUGAUUGUUAUUGAUUUAAUGGGAGAAGAUUGUGGAACCUGGUUACCGCAUAUGCAAUUUGGUUGGCAGUCGCCCAAUUUGGGUUCCUUUAGUGUUCCCCCUAAUGCGUGGAAGCAAAAUGGUAUUUCUGCCACUGCCGUGAACUCUGGCAUCAAUUUCAUAGCAAGGAAUGAAACAAUGCCAGCUUAUGAGUCACCUUCAAUGCCCAAUUUGCCAUUAGGAUGUUCUAAUGAACCCCAUCGUUGGUUUUAUUGUUUGCCUCGCUCUCGACAGGAGUUUACUCCUGCUCCAAACUUUGCUGCUGAGGAAAAAUUCCUCGCCGAUCGUGUAAAAGGUUUGAGGGGCAAAUUUGCUCCUUAUGGUGAAUCAGGCUCCCCUCAGAAGCAAUUCCUUGUUAUUGAUCAGACGGGUGGUCAAACAACUGUUGUUUAUAGUUCUAAGUUUGGGAGUCCCAAUGAGUGCCUUGCUUCUUGGCAUUCAAAAUUGCACGGCACAAACUAUUUGAAUAGGGAAUACCUUUUGGGAAAAGAAUUGAGCCAUCCGAAUGGGCCACUUGUGGAUGAUAAAGGGGAUGAGAAUCUGGGAACUGGUGUUGAAAGCGAGAUGCAUGAAGACACGGAAGAAAUUAAUGCAUUGCUUUCCUCUGACAACGAUGGUUAUUCUACGGGGAAUGACGACGACGACGAUGAAGUUACCAGUACAGGGCAUUCUCCAAGUAUAAUGACCAAUCUUUAUAACCACGAAAAAUUUGGAGGAAUUGAAGAAGUUGCAAGCUCCACUGGGAGAACAAAGAAGAGGAAGCUAUUAGAUGGUUAUCAUGAUGGCUUACAAUUUAUUGGUACUACCGAUUCUUUGAAGUCGAAGAACAAAUCCUUUGCAAUGGAAGAUGAUGCCGAAUCGAGAUGUUCUAACUGCUACAAUGGGAGAUCUGAAGAAACGGAUUCCUUGUCAGUUAACAAGAAGAUGAGAAAGGAGAAAUUACGAGAACUUUUGAAUGUUCUUAAGAGCAUGAUUCCUGGUGGGAUGGACAAGGACAGGGACCCAGCUAUGCUCUUGGAUGAUGCCAUACGCUGCUUGAAAGCCAUGAAAGUCAAGGCUAAAGAGCUUGGACUCAAGUGAUUCCAGUUAACCGAACAUGUCCUUAUUUUAAGCCCUAUGUAGAAUUUGUCUAUUGCUGAUUGUUGGUAGAAUCUGCUGAAUAAAACAAAGAGUUCAUGUUAGGGAAUUUCCAUGGUAAGGUUUACUCAGCAAAGUACAGCUCUGAAGUACGAAACUUGGAAUGUGAUUGGCCUGAACUCCACUCAGAGAAAGUAGUACUAAAGAGGAUAGAGUGAUGGGGGCCAGUCUUAAACCCUCUUUUCUUUGCAUCCUUUUCAUGGCUAUUCCUUUGGGGGUUACUAUUGCCUUUUCUCAGAUGGAAGAAACUUUCAUCAGAGCUUUAAGGAGGGGCCCCUUGCACUUAUUGUCACAAACUAUUUUUAUUCCACUUCUUGAUCCAGCAACAUCAGCCACUUCUAAGGGAUGUAUAUGUGUGUUGCAUUGUUUUUUUUUUUUUAGUUAAUAUCUUUGAGCUUGUGUUGUGUGGUUUGUUUUUUGGAUGUGUUUUGUUUUGGUAAUUAGUGUUAGUGUUAGUGUUGUCUCUUUGCCAGUGUAUUUACGUAGCAUGCACACAUUUAUGUCAAAUUGAUAUGAUAUGAGAAUAAUAAUAAUAAAGUAAUUUGUUUUGUGUU